GGCUAUCGCAAACGAUCCGGAGGCCUUCCCAGAACCGCACAAGUUCAAUCCUCAGCGUUGGAUUGACGAUGCAGGUCGUGUGCGCGAUGAUCUCCGGUUUUCACUUUUGGCUUUGGCCGCCGUGUGUCCCGGUCAACAUGUCGCAAAUCGGUCUAUCUUCAUCAACACCGCUCUUAUUCUCUGGGCUUUCCGUCUUUCUGAGAAUCCUGCAGCAAAAAUUGACACACUUGAUUUCUCGGAUACUGCGAAUAUACAUGCUGCUUCCGUUUGAGAUAUGUUUUGAGAAGAGGAUCGAUGAGAAUCAGAUCAGGGAACUGUGCGCACCUGGGGAAUAAAGGGCAUUUAUCCAGGCACUCGAAAGUUCAGUACUCAUACUGAUAAGUAUGUAAACUGUUGAUACAUGCGCUUAUAUACUGUGCACCCCUUUACCUCACGAAAUCAAGCUGAAGAUGUUUU